CCUCUAUUAGAUGCUCUUAGUUUUGCGCGUUCUGCAGCGUUCUGCGUAGAAUGAUAUAUCCUGUAAGGAAAGUGUUUGUCAGAGUUACGGGAAUAGUUUGUUAUCGGAGGCCUUGAUUUAAUCUCUCAUAAAUUUGUAAACAUUAGGCUGAUAAACCGCUCUUUCGCUCAUGUGUAUAUUGGAUAUGAGUUCCUACCGCGUUCAGUUUUUCAUAACGUAACGUAUUAUGGCGCUGCGACGAAAGUUUAACCUAAGGGACAUGUUUCUGACGUAACGUAGUCGGUAUUACUGUCUCUGGUUGCCCACCAAAUCUCAUUAAACGAUGAGCGAUGCGUAUCAAGGGUUUGCUCUUGUUGCUGAUCUGCAUAGCAGGGAGCAGCAUCGUUUUUAUUGCUUUCAGCAAUCAGCGACCUUCCAUACAAACUUUAGUGACAGAAACUCACAAACAGUUACGGAGCUUCCAGGAAAAUUUAAAAGAUGUUGAGGAGAAACGUCUGGUGACAGAUUCUAAGUACCUUGCACUGCUUGGUCUGGAUGGACAGACAAGCACCACACCGGUCAGUCUCAAGCCACAGAAUGUGACGGUUGUGUCGCUCGUAAGGCCUGGAAACGAGCAAUACAUUUAUGGCUUUGUCAGAAACGUCAGCCAUUUUUUGCCAAAUAAUAGUAUUAUGAUUUAUAGCGUCGGUUUGAAUGAAGAUUCUUUACAAAGUAUUAGACUUGCUUGUAACUCUACGAGAUGUAAUGUGAUUCACUUUGAUCUAAGCCCGUUUCCUGCUCACGUCGAGGAUGACACACUGCAUGUUUAUAGACCUUUAGUUAUUCAAACAGCUUUAAAUACAUUAGGUAGUAUAAUCUACAUGGACUUCAAUGUGCGUCUGAACUCUUCAGACAUCGCAAAGUAUCUUUGUCCAAAAUCUGGAAUUUUAACUUGGCCUACAAGGCAUGCCAUUAGUUCUCUAACGCAUCCAAAGAUGUAUGAGUACUUUCAUGCUUCUGCUGAGAGUUUUUUCUUUCUCCCACUGAUUAGAGCAUCACACUUAGUAAUUAGCAAUUUAAAAGACAUUAGGGAAAGAGUAAUGCUGCCUUGGGUCCAAUGCGCACUGACGAGAGAUUGCAUUUCUCCCAUUGGUGCACAAUCGGCGGGCUGUAGGUUUAAUAAAAAACCACAGUAUCGGUACUCCGGAUGUCACGCGUAUGACACGUCUGCAUUGAAUAUAGUGCUGGGAUUGCAUUUUAAUUUUGAUGAUACGUAUUACGUGCAUAAAGAGCGUGAGACAUACUUCAACAAGAUCCAGCCCGAUGAAAUUACCGAGGAGUACCUUAUGAUUACGCGGCAAAACAACGCCACUGAGACCAAUGCUAAGAAUUUCAUAUCGGAGCGUUAAACUUUUUUCGAUCUCAAUUUAUCUUAGGUGAUAUGUCAAACAAGCACAACUUAAUUUAAGAUUGUUAAGCUUUGAAUUAAAUUAUAAUAAAUAGCAGAAUGACAAAAA